CUCCGUUCCUUGCAAGAUCAACGCUAUAAAUAACCCCGCUCACUAUCAUCUUCAUCCCACAAAGACAGAAAAGAAAACCUUAGUUCUUGGAUAUAGUGGGCGAGAAAGGCUUGGAGAAGAAACCAACAAUGGAGUCCUCAUCCAAGACAUCUUCAUUGGCACUCUUCCUCACACUCAACCUCCUCUUCUUUGCCCUAGCCAACGGCUGCAACACGUGCCCUCAGCCCAGGCCGAACCCAAACCCCAAUCCAAACUGGGCCCCAAAGGCAAGCUGCCCAAGGGAUGCCCUCAAGCUCGGAGUGUGCGCGAAGGUCCUCAACGCGCCUGUCAAUGCUGUCAUCGGGAGCCCGCCCGACUUGCCCUGCUGCUCCCUCCUUGAGGGGCUUUUAGAUCUCGAGGUGGCAGCGUGCCUUUGCACUGCGAUUAAGGCUAACAUUUUGGGGAUUAACCUUAACAUUCCCAUCUCACUGAGCUUGCUCCUUAACACUUGCGGCAAGAGGGCCCCCUCUGACUUCCAAUGUGCUUAGGGACUGAUCAUCAACGGCACCAUUGCAAAAUGACUUCCUCGUUAAUUAUAUAUCCAGCGUCAGCCUUGCUAUUGCAGAAAUAACCGUCGUCUCUUGAAUUCCGUGCUGUAUCGUUUCCUUUUCUGUGAAGUCUCUGAUGUAGCUUUUUGUUUCAAUAUUUCGUUUGGAUUAAUUCCUAUAAUUAGGAAUUCUGUACUUUCCAUCCGGUGAUUGAUAUAUGAAGUUCGAUAAUUUAAAAGACACUACGACA